AUGGCGACGAUAAAUACAUGUGACAAUCUAUUUGGUCCAGUGGUUGGUGAUAACUGUCGUGGAGGGUUUGAUUUCACAGUUCUCUUUGAAGCUUGGAUCUUGAAUGUCACCCCGGCGGCUUGUUUCCUCUUGCUGGCACCUAUUCGAUUGCUUCAAUUGAGCAAAGAAUCACCAAAAGUCAAAUCAUCGGUGGUUCAAGUGACGACGUUGUUCUUUGCAACCGUGCUGUUGGGCAUUCAAGUCGCUCUGCUCGUGUUCAGUGCAACACAACACAGCCUCGCAGAACAUGUGUCACUUGCUGGUGCUAUCCUCAAUCUGUUCGUGGUGCUCUGCAUGAUCGUGCUACUUCAUUUGGAGUACAGACGAACUGUUAGGCCUUCAUUCCUAGUCUCUACCUACUUGUUUGUAACGGUGAUCCUGGAUAUUCCUCGGGUACGCACAGCCUGGUUGUCAACGGGAAAAACAGAGAACUCGGCAUGCCUCAGCGCGUCUCUGAUCACGAAGCUGCUUAUCUUGAUUCUGGAAAAUGUUCCAAAGCGCAAAUGGCUGUUGCAAAAUGAGAAAUUACAGUCUGGUGAGAGUACCAGCGGUCUUUUUAACAGAGGCCUGUUCCUCUGGUUGAAUGGGUUGCUAAGAACCGGGUACUCAUUGCUUCUCACCGGCGAUAUGCUACCUAGUAUCCACGAGAAGCUAUCAUCCAGUGACCUUUCCGACAAGUUCUCAAGUGCAUGGGAAUCAUGUGAUCAGAAUCGCCAGAACGCAUUGCUGGUGGCUAUUAUCAAGUGCCUCCGCUGGGACAUAGCUGCCAUUGCUUUGCCUCGGCUAGGCUUGGUUGGAUUCAGCAUAGCACAGCCAUUUUUGAUUGGAAAAAUCGUCACAUAUCUGGAAAGCACAGAGUCUAACCCGAAUAUCGGCUACGGAUUGAUAGGAGCAACUGCGAUUGUCUUUAUUGGUGCUGCUAUUACAACGGCCACUUACCAGCAUAUGGGCUUCCGCACUACAACCAUGGCCCGUGGUGGCCUCAUGACUCUUGUCUUUCAGCACAUGAUGACCCUACCUUUGGGCAGCACAGAUGAAUCCAGUGCCAUGUCUCUUAUGGGGGCUGAUAUUGAAAUGCUUGCUGAAUACUUUCAGUCUACGGUCUGUGAAGCAUGGGCUAGUGUUCUGCAACUAGGAUUGGCUGCCUGGCUCCUUGAAACUCAGAUUGGAAUCAUCUGCAUCACACCCAUUCUGGUUGUACUAGCUUUCACCGCCGCAGCAUUUGCUAUGGGUAAUGCUGUAUCUGUUCGACAGAAGACAUGGCUUCAGGCUACCGAGAAACGCAUCAACUUCACCAGCCAAAUUCUUGGGUCCAUACGUAAUGUCAAAUUCUUAGCGUUGACAGAUAUCAUGAAAACGGCUAUUGAAAGAUUGAGGCUUGAAGAGCUAGAGAUCUCCAAGAAAUUUCGCCGUGUACAAACGGCUCGUGUCUGCAUGGUAAACACGCCAAUAAUUGUUGCACAGCUUGCAACUUUUGCGACUUAUGCUAUAGUUGCAAAGGUUCAGGGAUCCGGCGGUCUUUCCGUCUCACAAGCUACCACUGCCCUUUCGUUGAUCAUUCUGUUGAUCAUUCCACUCAUGAGCCUACUGCUAGCUAUUCCGGACACAUAUGCUUCAAUAGGCUGUUUGAAUCGGGUUCAAGAUUUUCUCAGACAACCAAAUCGGGUUGAAAGAAGAAAAUUGCCUCACCUGUAUACCAGCCCUCUCAACAUAUCCCACAACACACCAGGAGUGGAAGUAUCUGAUGAUUUCUCGCUCGGGGCUAGAAGAAGUUCGAUUCCAGAAAAUCAAUCCGGCUUACUUGUCUCCUUGCAAAAUGCUCAUUUCGGCUGGAACACAUCUUCAUCCCAUGGUACAAGGAUAACGCUUGAUUUAUCGCCAUUGCCGACUGGCUCUUUGGUUGCGAUCAUCGGCCCAGUGGGAAGCGGCAAGUCUACAUUUCUCAAAGGUCUCGCAAAUGAAACUUCUGUACUUGAUGGCGACGCUUUUAUAAAGUACCCAGACCUGGCUUUUUGCGAGCAAACACCAUGGCUUACCAAUUCAACAAUCCGAGAAAACAUCGUUGGGGAAAACAAAUGUCUUGCCUUUGAUGCUGAAUGGUAUCGGACCGUCGCUAUUGCCCGGGCUGUCUAUGCUCGCAAACGUAUAGCAUGCUUUGACGAUACUUUGAGCGCCCUCGAUAAUGCCACCGCGCGGCUAGUAUUCAACAAUGUCUUCGGUCCCUCCGGGUUGUUACGUCGAUGCGGUUGCAUGGUAUUUUUGGCGACUCACAGCGUCCAAUACCUCCCACAGACUGACUUUAUAGUCGUACUUGGAGAGUAUGGAACCAUCGUGGAAAAGGGUAGCUACAACCACCUUCUCAAUCGCCCUGGAGGCUACGUACAGCAACUUGGUAUCAAAGCAAAGCAAAUUGACGAACAUGAGACCCAAAGUCAUGACAAUGGUGGAAUUUCAGAGCUCCCAGAAGCCGUGACAAGCACCUCCAAUGCCCCGGCUUCCAUGGAAAAUCGCAAGCAGAUGACUGAUCUGGAUGUCUACAAAUACUACUUUUCUGCCAUGGGCUGGUGGCGAGUAGCUGUGUUGCUGUUCUUCUUGGUGGUGAACGGUGGCGUUGGUGGGUUCCGCUACAUCUGGAUCAGCAUGUGGUCUUCCAGCAAUGAUAGUGCCUCAGGUUCGCGCUUGGGCUACUGGCUUGGAACUUACGGGGUGCUGUCCUUCAUCGAAGCUAGCAGUCUUAUUCUUGCGGUCUACUGGACUUGGGUCAUUGUCGUGCCGGCCGCCUCGAAACAUGCUCACUCCACGGUACUCCAUGCAAGCAUGUGGGCCCCUCUGUCAUUUCUGUCUAAUGUAGACACUGGCUCUCUGGUAACCAGAUUCAGUCAAGACAUGAGGUUGGUGGACAUGGUCCUGCCUCGGGGCUUCAUUUCGACCGGGUUUCAAAUGUUUGCAGGCCUUUCGCAGAUUGCCAUUGCCAUAGCCUCCCUGCCGUACUUAGCCGUGACCGUCCCUUUUCUCAUUGGGAUAUUAGUGAUUGUUCAACGCUUUUAUUUGCGAACGUCUCGCCAGUUGCGUCUUUUAGAAAUUGAGCUCAAAAGCCCUCUUUACACUCACUUCAUCGAAUCUCUGGCUGGCAUUGUUACCAUUCGUGCCUUCUCAUGGACAAGUGCCUCGACCACCAAGAUGCAGCAAUUACUCGAUAAAGCACAAAAGCCAUUUUAUCUUCUGUUGUGCAUCCAGCAGUGGCUCGAGCUUGUGCUGAAACUCAUCGUCGCCGCUUUGACUGUCAUCCUAGUAGGGGCAGCCGUAGCUUUACGUGGCCACGUAAGUCCCGGUCUGUUGGGUAUUGCACUGAUCAUGAUGAUGGAUCUGGGACAGGUUCUUUCACAAUUGAUUCAGAACUGGACACUUCUCGAAACUUCUUUGGGUGCAAUUGCAAGAAUUAAGGAGUUCUCGGAAGACACCCCAAGCGAAGAAGCUGAUGUGACGUUCGAGCAACUGCCGAACCCAGAAUGGCCGACUCGUGGUCAGAUAUCGUUCGUUGAUGCCGUCAUCACGUAUGGCUCUGAAGCCUCGGAGCCCGUGUUGCAUGGCAUCAACCUCGAUGUUCAUGCAGGCGAGAAGAUUGGGCUGUGCGGUAGAACUGGAAGCGGAAAAAGCACUUUGGCGUUAUCACUACUCCGUCUCAACGAGGUAGUAUCGGGUCAGAUCUUGAUCGAUGGACAAGACAUCUCUGCUGUACCUCGAUCGUUGAUACGGCACCGUAUCAGUGCUCUCAGCCAAGAGCCUUUCCUUUUCCCAGGUACCAUUCGGCAGAAUGCUGACCCGCUGGGUGUUUCUGCCAAUGCCGAUAUUAUCGAUGCCCUCAAAAAUGUCGGCGUAUGGAACACUCUCGUGUGUGCUUCGACUAGCGGCGUUCAUGACGUGGCGUUGCUAGACGAGACAUUGACUGAUACAACCUUGUCAGAUGGUCAAAGGCAACUAUUUUGUCUAGCUAGGGCUCUCCUCAAAAAGAGUAACAUCCUAAUACUAGAUGAACCAACAAGCAGCUUGGAUACAGAGACCGAUGCCAAAGUCCAGAGAGUCAUUCGACAGGAGUUCCCGAACUGUACCAUCAUCAUGGUCGCGCAUAGAGUUCAUACUAUGCUUGACUUUGACCGAGUGGUAGUUCUUGACAAUGGCCGAAUCUUAGAAAACGGACAUCCUUCCGCAUUGCUCACAACCAAGGACAGUGUUUUCUCCAGUCUACAUCGCCUGGAGCAGUCCUUGACAAGAGAUAUGGGAGUUUGA